UUGUGUGAGUCACCUCCCCAGCCCCUUCGCGUACCUCCUCACCAUACACCUGAAGGAAGGCCGCAACCUCGUGGUCCGGGAUCGCUGUGGUAAGGUUUGUCUGUUGUGCGCUUGCUCAGUAGCCAUAAAGGCCUUCUCUGUGCCCUGGUAUGAAGGCUUGUAUUAACCGAUGUCCAUCCCACAUUGACUAGAAAGGAGCUCAACGCUCACACUGGACCUCCAGCCUCAGAGUCCUCCACACACAUUGACUGUGUGCUAUUUAAAAGUGAUGAAUGCUGGAGUAGAGUAUACACUAAAAACUCUAUUUAACUUUAAUAACCUCUUUCAAUACCUUAUCUCUAAACUCUGUCACAUUCUGAGGAAGUUUGGAUGAGGAUUCACUUAGGAAUUUAGAGAGGAAAAUGAUAAACAUUAUUUGUCAGCCAGUUUUUGAUUUCUGGAGAAAUAACUAAUAUAACCUUUAAAAGGGAAGGUGUAUUUUUGCUCAGAGUCUCAGAGAUUUGGGUCCGGGUUGCUCUGUCUCCCUUUCAUUGGGCCUGGGCAGAGGCAUUGCACCCUGGCACAUGACAUCUCAUUGGGCCUCAGCAGAGGCAGUACACCCUGCCACAUGAGCAGUGAGAGUGUUCACGUCAUGAUAGCUGUGAAGCAGAAGAGGCAAAAUUAGGAGAGGGCUGUGGAAGAGACAUAGCCAUGAAAACCCAGAAACAUGGAAUUGCUCCCUUCCUUCUACUAAGCUUUUGUCUGCUCCAAGCACACAUUAAAGUUUGAAACCCUGCACAAAAUGGAUAAAUGCUGGUAUCCUUUUUAAAAGAAGUAAUAGUAACAACACAUACAAAUAUCCAUGGUAAUUUAUAUUUGGAAUAUAACAAGUAAUCCAGAAAGAUAGUCACCUGGAUUUACCACUUUAUUGAAAAGAGUGAAUGGAUUUCAAAAACGAUGCUGUUUGGUGGGCUGAUUGAUGCAGAGAGCCUCAGACUUCUUCCCUCCCACAGGAUCCCAGAGAGAACUACAUCCCUCUAAUAACAACCAUCUAUUUGUCUUUUCUUUGCUUGCCUUUUUUUUUUUACAAGUCUCUAUACAUUUCCUAUAUACGUAUACGUGUUUAAAUUAACUUGAGAUCACAAUACCCAUAUUGUUGUGCAAUAAGUUUUGUUUUUUACUUUACAACACAUCUUCAAGAUAAUCCAUGGUUUUCUGCACAAACGUAUUACCUGUCUUUAAACUCAACAUGUUGCUUUCUAUCUUUUGCAUAUAUGAGUCUCUGAGGAAGCACGCCAUCCUCUCUGUGUUCUCUGGGCCCCACUAUGGCUGCCAUCUGCGUUCACUGUGGCCUAGCCUCAGUUAAGAGGAUUGAGCUAUGCAGCUGGGCAGGGCGAACAGGCACGAGCGAUCCGUAUGUGAAAUUUAAGCUGAAUGGGAAGACACUGUACAAAAGUAAAGUGAUAUAUAAGAACUUGAACCCAAUUUGGGAUGAGAUAGUUGUGUUGCCAAUACAAAGCCUUGAUCAAAAGCUCCGUGUGAAGGUGUAUGAUCGAGACUUAACCAAGUCUGAUUUCAUGGGUUCUGCAUUUGUCGUUCUCAGAGAUCUUGAACUUAACAGGACUACAGAGCACAUUUUAAAAUUGGAAGAUCCAAACAGUUUAGAAGACGACAUGGGAGUGAUUGUGUUAAAUUUGAACCUAGUUGUAAAACAGGGUGAUUUCAAGAGGCAUCGUUGGUCAAAUCGGAAGCGGUUAAGUGCCAGCAAGUCCUCCUUGAUCCGCAACCUACGCCUCUCAGAGUCCCUUCGGAAGAACCAACUCUGGAAUGGGAUUAUAAGUAUAACUCUCUUGGAAGGAAAGAAUGUCUCAGGAGGGAACAUGACAGAGAUGUUUGUCCAGUUAAAACUGGGAGAGCAGAGGUACAAAAGCAAGACACUGUGUAAGAGUGCAAAUCCGCAGUGGCAGGAACAGUUUGACUUUCACUACUUCUCUGACAGGAUGGGCAUUUUGGACAUUGAAGUGUGGGGAAAGGACAGCAAAAAGCAUGAGGAGCGACUGGGCACGUGUAAAGUAGAUAUCUCAGCGCUCCCACUGAAGCAAGACAAUUGCUUGGAGCUGCCUCUGGAGAGCUGCCAGGGGGCUCUCCUCAUGUUGAUCACCCUGACCCCAUGCACUGGAGUCUCCAUCUCUGAUCUCUGUGUCUGCCCUUUCGAGGAUCCCAGUGAAAGACAGCAGAUUUCCCAGCGAUAUGCCUUCCAGAACUCUCUGAAGGAUGUGAAGGAUGUGGGGAUUCUACAGGUGAAGGUUCUGAAGGCCUCGGACCUCCUGGCCGCUGAUUUCUCAGGGAAGAGUGAUCCUUUCUGCCUAUUGGAGUUGGGCAAUGACCGACUUCAGACACAUACCAUUUACAAAAACCUCAAUCCUGAGUGGAACAAAGUUUUUACAUUCCCCAUUAAAGAUAUCCAUGAUGUGCUGGAAGUGACAGUGUUUGAUGAGGAUGGAGACAAGGCCCCGGACUUUCUUGGAAAAGUCGCCAUCCCCUUGCUGUCUAUUAGAGAUGGACAACCAAACUGUUAUGUGUUGAAGAAUAAAGACUUAGAGCAAGCUUUUAAAGGGCUUAUUUACUUAGAGUUGGACCUCAUAUAUAAUCCGGUCAAAGCAAGUAUCAGGACCUUCACUCCAAGAGAAAAACGCUUUGUGGAAGACAGCCGCAAGCUGUCCAAAAAGAUAUUAUCAAGAGAUGUAGACCGUGUAAAAAGACUCACUUUGGCAAUAUGGAACACAGUACAGUUCUUCAAAAGCUGCUUCCAAUGGGAGUCUACAUUAAGGAGUACAAUAGCAUUUGUGGUGUUUUUGGUCACCGUCUGGAAUUUUGAACUCUACAUGAUCCCUCUGGCAUUGUUGCUACUCUUUCUGUACAACUUCCUCAGACCCAUGAAAGGGAAAGCCAGCAGCACCCAGGACAGCCAGGAAAGCACAGACGUAGAGGAGGAAGGGAAAGAGGAAGAAAAGGAGUCUGAGAAAAAGGGGAUAAUCGAGAGAAUCUAUAUGGUCCAGGAUAUUGUUUCCACUGUCCAGAACAUCUUGGAGGAAGUUGCUUCUUUUGGAGAAAGGAUUAAGAACGUGUUUAACUGGACAGUCCCCUUCCUUUCGCUGCUCGCCUGUUUGAUUCUGGCCAUAACCACUGUCAUUUUGUAUUUCAUCCCUCUACGGUAUAUCAUUCUACUCUGGGGCAUAAAUAAAUUUACUAAGAAGCUUCGAAAUCCUUAUUCCAUCGACAAUAAUGAGCUACUAGACUUUCUCUCCAGGGUGCCCUCUGACAUUCAGAAGGUGCAGUAUGCAGAGCUGAAGCUCUGUGGCAGCCACAGCCCACUUCGGAAGAAGAGGAGUACUGUCUAGAGUUCACACAGACUGAGGCCUCCAGCAUCCAGUGUGCAGCCAAUCAGACCUAGAUCCUGGCUGCUCUAGUGGUACCAAGGUGUCCUGAGAUAUGGAUGUUGUGUGCAACCUUCUACUCCCUCUCUGCUUUCUUUACAUACCCAGAUGCAAGCACACCUGCACACAGGUCCCUGUGCACGGGUAUCCUGGAUUCCUGGACAACCAAACCAUCAAAAGACAUCAAGUCUGAGACUGUGGGAGCUUCAUAUCCAUUUUUAGGACAUAAAACAAGGUGUCCACAUGUCUGAACACCAUCCUCGAGGACAGCCAGAAGACCACUUGAUUCCAGGAUGAUGCGGAACUUAUUUCAAUACCUUCGACAGAUUUUCCACUAAGAAUCAGUUCUUUCCAGUUGAGGCUGGUGGUUCACACAUAUAAUCCUAACAGGGAAGAGGCCAAGGCAGGACAGUUCAAGCUCAAGGCCAGCUCAGAAACUGUGCUAUGUUGGCCUCUAAACAUAUAGUACAAACUGUCCUAAAACCAACAAUCAACAGAGGUUCAGUUAUUUCCAGUCUCCAUCCCCCUAUGUGUUUAAUGUUCCUUUUUCCCUCUAUCUGCCCUGAUAAUGUAUAUUAGAAAAUGUUUAGUGAUUUUUCAGAAUUAACUCAAAUAUUUAGGAGUCUUUCAGCUCUGAUUACUAAAGACAUGCCUGUUUAUUUAUUUUGUUUUUUGGUGACCCUUUAGUAUUAGAUGCCAGUUCAAAUCAAAUCUCAGUUGUUGUUGGCAAGGGCCAUCCUUGACGGUUCCAAGGAGUCACUCAUUAGAAUCACCCAUUGGAAGAAUAAGGGUUUUUGUGAUAGUAUUAUGUUUCUGGAAUAUGCCAUUUCUUCCAACUUCACUUUUUGCUUAUUACUACAAUGAGAUGUUGAUAUGCAUCCUCAGAGCGAUGGUGGAGAUUGGGGCAGAUGAAUUAGUGGGUUCUGAAAGCAUUUAGGGAUAUCAAGAUAUGUGGGGGGGGGCUUACUUAACUGAGACUCUGAAUGGAAUAUACUCAUUUCAGUUGCCCGAUGUUCUGAUCAGAUAUUUAAAAUGUUUUUGCUAUCCUAAUUUGCCUUUUAUUUUUCUAAGGGACAAAAUAAGAUAUAAGACAAUAGAAGCUUAUUUCAAAAUUCCUGUUGAUACCAAACAACUACAAAAAAGUCCUCUGUAGAUAGUGUUUGAAUCCUGAGUACCCUACAACUCCACAGCACACCCUGCCAAGUUUAAAACAAUGAAUUAUGUGCACGUAAAAAAGUGUACAAAUAUCUUUGUAUUAAAAUGAUAUUUAAGCUUUAAAAAUCUAUAUUUCAUCAGCAUACUUGCUGUGUGCAGGUUUGUGUAUGUAUUGUAAAGAAAAGCUGAGGUAGGAAACCUAGUUUACUGUGUUUAGCUCCUGUUCUGUUUCUGCAUUGUAAUUUAAUAAUCAAACAAAAUGUUUUAUGAAAAAAAAUGCCAAAGAUUCUGAACUUUGUCAUCUCAUGUCUGUUUUACUUCAUAUUCUUCUUCCUGAUUUCUCUGUGGCAUAGCCCGAUUUCUGCACGAUUUGAUUUACUUCAAGUUAAUGAAGCUGGCUGGAAAGGAGCCUUGACGAGAUUCUAAAAGCCCCAGUAAAUCUGUUAGUUGUACAUACAAUAGAUACCCGAGAACCUCUUUGUCUAACCAGUUACUCAAUCUUCUGUGUAAACAAUACCUCAUUGUCUUGUUCCUGUCAUCCAGUUUAUCAUAGUCUGUCAUUUAGUAAUGACCCAAGGCAGACAUCUAUAAGCCGUCAUGUGAGAUAUGAUCAGCCAUUGGAAUGGAAACUUUUGGGAGCCAAAUAACCCCUUAUUUAUUUAAAUGUGGGACCCAUCCUUCAUGGCUGUUCUUUUCCUUUAGAAUUUCUAAAUGAAAUAAUUUUCCCAACAGGAAGGUAUCAUUAGUGAGACUUCUUUCCUCCAUAGCCCCAAUAGAACUCACAGCAUUACAUUCAGGACACAAAUGCCAGCUGGUAUUUGAGAGCAAGACAGGGCCAACUUUUUCAACACUCUUUAACUGAAGACAAUUGGUAGUUGAUGAAAUCAACAUUGCAUAUAAGAAAAUGAGUAUUUGUUGGAAGUGAAAUGCUAAGAUUUGUACUGUCAUUAUAGUUGCACAGGUCUCAUCCUUACAUGCCUUGUCUUAGCCCAGGAUCUCAGAGAGUGACAAAUAGUAUAAUCUAAUACCUUAUUCCACCUUAAAGAAGCACCUGUCAUGGUGCUGUGGGCAGAACUUCUCUCCUUGUAUGCAUGGGGCCAGAACUAGCAUGAAUUUCUUUUUCCUUCUUCCACUGUUUGAUAUAUGAAAGGAAGAUUUGUUCUAACCCACAAUUUUAGCAACUUCUGCAAGACUUUUCUCUUUCUGAGAAUUAUCACAAUUUACAGUUAUAGAAAGCAGUCCUUUGGCAUGUCCAGAUAUGCCAGCAUGACAAUUUGUAUGCUUUGAAAAAAGUAUUGAGUAAAAUGCAUGUUACUAAAACACCACAGCCAUAAAUGUGAUAGCUGGUGGCCACUCUAAAGGAAAAAAGAGCCAAAUGAAGGCAAAAUUGUCACACCUCUACAGUCCAGCCUCUACAAACGAGUGUUUGGGGCCUGGUUCCCUAGUGACCCAAGAUUCCUUACACAAACAUCUGGAGCGUAACCCCUAAUAAUUUACACACUUUACACAAAAGGCCAGUCUUUAAAACAUGACUUGUGUUAUAUGUUAAAACUUUCUCUUUAGCAAGGUACCAAGAAAUUCACCUGUUCCUUCAGAUAUGGGCCAACCCAGAAGUCCCACAAUGAAAGGACCAAGUAAUUUCUCCUUUGCCUGCAAUAGAAUAACUUCCACCUGCUUUUGUGACUGGCAUGAUUUACUCUGUAUAGAAACUCACUCACUGUUUUAUUGGAGUGUAUUUCAAUAAAUUAUAUAUUUAUGUCUUGGUCAAUUA